AUGAUUGAUAUUGGCGCCAAACUUGACGAAUUGCUUACAUUUCUCCGUCCCACAAGUCAUGAUUCCGAUGCCAAUGCCGUCGUCCUCACGAAUUCUUGCAAAGUUUUAUCGUCGAGCCCGUCUGAAAAUUGUGAUAGAGACACAUAUUUUGUGGGUAACCAACAUUAUAAACCAUUGAACAGCAUCAAUGAUACCAUUUCUACAUCUGGCUCUGUUUCGAUGCACAACAAAAAUGCCUUGAACGGUGAAGAUGAGGAAAGUGGAGAUCAACAAUUGGGGUUGCCUUGGCAACCGGCCUCUUUGAUUGAGCGGUCUAAUCUUCUGAAGGCCGAUUCCAUUCGCAGAAGCGGCAACAUUUCAACAGUCAAUGUAAACAACACAUACCUACCGCCAUAUCCCUUCUCUCCGCCAGCCACUUCGUCUUAUUCGUCCAUCUCUUCUUCUUCUUCUUCUACUACUUCCAGCAUCUCACCGUCUGGGUCUACUCUCGAAAGAUUACAUCAAAACGCCAAAAGCUACGCGAAAUCGAGCAUUUCUGACGAUUUUCUUAAAAUUCAUUCAUACAAUACGGCACCCAACUUGUCAGAAGUUCGUCACUCGACACCGUCAUUGGAGGCUAAACAUGAAAAUGCUGGAAAAUGUCUGGCCUUAGACAUGUCUGGCGACAUUGUGGUUGAACAAGAUACGGACUUGGGGCUCAAUCUGAAAUCAGAACGCCAACCAUUUCUUGCGUUAACGGAAGUAGAAUGUCUACGAAAGUCUUUCUGUUAG